UGAGAGAGAGGGAGAAAGAGACCGCAAGUGCAAGAGGACAGAGAGAAGGAAAGAGAGGGACAGGCUUCAGGGUUGGGGUGUGUGGCCUUUUUGCCUAGUAGAGUCACUCAGGAGCCCAGUUCUUAGUAGAGGAGCUUCAGAUCUUUCAGUCAUCAGAGGUCUGGUCAGACUGAGCUUCUGGGUGCAGGUACUGAGGAUGGCGGUACGGAUGUUGAUGGUGUGUGUGCUGGGCACACUGCUUUGUCAGGUGUGGAGCUCUGCAGAACCUCAAAGCAAUGAGGAAGAGCUGCAUGUUCGGACCCUUUACCCAUGGAGGAAUAAAGGCAAUGGAGUGGUCAGGGUGAAGAGGGACUGGAUCAUCCCUCCGAUCAGAGUGCUGGAGAAUAGCAAGCAGGUUCCUGAAGACCUUGUCCAGAUCAAAUCGGACAAAAUCUUUACAGGUGAGGUGAUCUACAAGUUAGAGGGACCGGGGGUGGACCAGGAGCCUAAGAAUCUGUUCGAGAUCGAUGAUAAAACAGGAGUAAUCAGGAGCAAGCGACCGCUGGACAGAGAGAAAUACAGCAGCUUCACGCUGAAAGCUUUUGCGCUGUCCCCCAGUGGAGAGAGACUAGAGAAUCCUACCACCAUCGAGAUAGUGGUCUUGGAUCAGAACGACAACAGACCUGCCUUCACUCAGAGUCAGUUUGUUGGCACUGUCCCUGAGUUCUCAGUCCCAGGCACGUCAGUGAUGUCAGUGUCAGCCACUGAUAAAGAUGACCCAAUGACAGAAAACGCUUUUCUGAGCUACUCUAUCAUUGGCCAGGAGAGCAUUCCUGCCAACGCUGUUACCAAGACUAUGUUUGGUAUCAACAACGAGACAGGAGCCAUCUACACAAGAGAUGUAGGCCUGGACCGAGAGGUGGUGAAGGGUUUCCGGUUAAAACUGCAGAUUGCUGAUAUGGGGGGCAUGGGACUAACAAGUGAAGGUGUGGCAAUCAUACAUAUAUCCGAUAUCAACAACCACGCCCCACAGUUCAGCCCUGACUCGUACAAUAUGAUAGCAGUGGAGAACAGGAAGGACUAUGAGAUUGGCCGGGUGAAUGUGACGGACAAAGAUGAUCAUGGAACACGAAACUGGGAGGCCAAAUACUUCAUUUCGAACGACCUUGAUGGAAAAUUUGCCAUCAGUACGGAUCCUGCCACCAACGAGGGUGUUCUGACGGUGGUGCAGCCUUUGGAUUUCGAGGCACAGAAUGAGUACACCCUGAUUUUGUUGGUGGAAAAUGUCAAUCCUCUGAGCAACAAGGCUCCCAACCACCCAGUGAGCAGCGCCACAGUGGUGGUGACUGUUGUGAAUGAGAAUGAAGCACCGCAUUUCAAAGAAGACCCCAUACGGAUUGUGGUGCCUGAGUCUGUGGAUCCUGGGACUUUACUGAAAAGCAACAUCGCCAUUGACCCUGAUAACUCUGACCUGAGGUAUGAGAUCAGCAGAGAUCCUGAGAGAUGGCUGGACAUCAACAGGGAUACAGGAGACAUUACUACCAGGAGAGCCUUUAACAUGCGGUCUCCACAUGUUAGAAACAACAUCUACAAUGCUGUUGUCAAAGUUACAGAUGCUGAUGGUGUGUCAACCACUGCCACACUGAUCAUCACACUGAAGGAGACCAAUGACUUCCCCCCUCAGAUCUUCCCUCUCAGUGGCUCUGUGUGCAGGGAUACAGGACGAACAAGUUCUGGUCUGAUUGUAACUGCUGUGGAUGAAGACUUUCCUCCACAUGCUGCACCCUUUACCUUUGAAAUACCCGAUUAUCUGCCAAUCAACUGGACUAUUAAUCCCGUCAAUGGAACUCAUGCCAUGCUUCAACCCCUUGUGGAGCUGGAGGCAGGAGAGUAUGCGGUCACGGUGCUUGUGUCAGACUCUGGCAGUCCAGUUAUGAGCGCUUAUGCUCAGGUCAAUGUCACUGUGUGCCUGUGUGACUCCUUUGGAGAUUGUAAGUCUGAGGCGGGAGCUCUCCUCGGCUCGAGUGUGGGAAUCAGCUUCAUUGCUCUCAUCAUCAUCAUGGCCUGUAUUGCACUCCUACUGCUGCUGCUCCUGCUGGCUGUGGCGGUGACCACCUGUGGAAGACGGCACCAUAUCAAGAAAGGAACAGGUCUGCUCGUCGGGGAAUCAGAAGACGAUAUCCGUGACAAUGUCUUCAACUAUGAUGAGCAAGGAGGGGGCGAGGAGGAUGAGAACGCCUUUAACAUCGACCUUCUGUGGAAUCCCCAUGAUGCACCUUCAACCCCGGGGCUCUACUACCCUGGUGUUCCUCGGGGAAAGCAGCCCCUCAGGAAGGAUGCCCCGCAUAACCUGCCCUCACCUACCUACCCACGGAGGCCUCCUGCAGAUCCCACUGACAUUGAGGACUACAUCAAUGAUGGCCUGGAGGCUGCAGACAACGAUCCUAAUGUGCCUCCAUAUGACACAGCCCUGAUCUAUGACUAUGAGGGAGAGGGCUCACUGGCAGGCAGCCUCAGCUCAAUCGCUUCAGGCAGCUCUGAUGGAGACCAAGACUACGACUACCUCAACGACUGGGGACCACGCUUUAAGAAACUGGCCAACAUGUAUGACCCACGUUAAGGUGGACAUCAUCCCACAGAAAGAAGACCUGUGUGAUUCAGCAGAGGUUAGGGACACAGAUCAUGCCUCAGGUGUUUUUCUGGACAAAGAGAAAAAAAAGAUUUUAGUCCAGGAUGAGAUUUAAAGGGUGCCAAAGGAAAACAAAUGCUAUGCAAAACCAUGAGCCUUUAAUCUAACGUGCCUUGGGUUUUAUUGAGGAACAUUCGGACAUGACUGACAGAAUGGCUCUGUGAAAAGUUUUUGUGGUUAGCUCGGGAGAUGUAAAUGAGAUAGUAAAAUCCUGUGUUGACAUGAUCAGCCACAAGGAGAGGCGCUGUGCAUGGUACAAGGCAGACAGAAUGUGUGUUGAAAUGAUUGUCCAUGUCUGGUUUGGUUUAUCCUCAGACUUGGAUUGCUCAGUAAUGAUGCGUACGCCAAGUCUGAAAUAUAAGGAAACCUUUUGAAAUGUAUUUCUUUCUUUUUUUUAUAUAAGUGAUUAUUUUGUAAGAUAAAUUUACUUUGUUAUUGAUUUUGUUUGUUUUUCUUUCUCGUCACAAAUCCUCCAUUCCAGCCUCCGUUGAUCUUUUUGGACUCUCAGCACAAAAUAUUACUCCACAAAACAAAACAUACUGUACCACACAAUAUUCUGUGAUCUCAUUGUUUGGAGGUGAAUUAUGUUUUUUUUUGUUUUUCUUUUUUUAAAUAUGUUAAUUAAAUUGAAGUUUUACUGGUGUCUACAGAAUAAAUGUAAAUGUUUUAUUUACUGUGUGUAUUGUUCAUAUCAAAUAAGUGCCUCUUCACAGGCUUACAAGUUAAUUCAUACACACACAAAUACUACAUGAAGAGCAACACAAUAUUUAAAUAAAACUUUAUUUUAAUAUUUCGCAACAUCAUCCUUUGGAGUGUCACAUUCACAUUGUGGCAAUCAAACCGAUAAACAGCGCCUAAGUUUUUUUUUUUUUUUCAAAGAAAACACUAACUCAACCUGUUCCAUCUAUUCAGUCAGUAUGUGGAAUAAUAUCUGCCACUUAAUCAUCAACAUGACAGAUGAUUUCAUAUUAGGGCCUUAAAGGGGUAUUUCAAAAUGUAAAAUGUUUCUUCACAAGUGCACACUAUUAGGUAUAAAUGUCCACUGCAAUCUACAACAAUCCGUUCUAAUUGCAAACGGCAGCUCACUUGAAAAUGAAACAAUAACGUGGACCUCAAUGUGUUUGUGUAGACGUGAAUCACUUGAAUCCAAACCUGUAUAUGCUCUGUUUUGUGUAUUAACAGUGUUUGGGAAUUAUAAAACACAAUUGUUGAAUUCACAUACAGUAAAUUAGUAGCUUUGGGCUUAGUAUACACUUUAGGUUAUUGAGUGACAUCCUGUUUAAAUAGAGUUUCAGGGCAAAAUAAUGUGG